AUGGGGUCCAAUAUCACUCCCUCCUCUAACAACUUUUCCACCACAUUGCACAUGGAACCCAACCUGCAUCAGUACAUUAAGAAAGCUAUAACAUCAUCAAGCCCUUGUACACUUAAGAGAUUGUCACUCUCUAUGGUCUUAUUUCUCUACCUUGGUUCAUUGGCCUUUUGCAGAUUAGGUGACAGUUCAUGGACUUGUUUAGAUUCUGCAUUGCAAUUAGUCAUUGAAUUGGUCAAUUGGAGAACUUUUGGAAGACGGUACUUAGUCGAACCGGGAGGAGAAUUGCUUCAAGUUCUUCAUAAAUUCGACGAUUGUGAUUAUAGGACUAGAGGAUUUGAACUUUACAGGCUGGAUUUUAUGAUGAGCAAGUGGGUUGGCGUUGAAACUUUGGAUAAAUCUGCCUUGUUUCUGGGAUUGAAUCAAUCACUGUCGGUGUCUGAAUCGGAUGUGCCAGCCAUACGAGGGAACCAUGGAUAUUUUGCAGAUGAUUAUUCUUAUCCUAACAAGCUUUUUGGAAGCUCACGUUCAGGUGGUGACAUGGGUGUUUUCAACUUAGAAGACUCCUCCAUUGAGACUUUCCGACCGAUCGGCCUGUCGGCGGGCCUGAUUGAACUAUUUUGGUUCACCCCAAUUCCCUGUUGA